AUGGCUACAUCCACCAGCAGCUCAUUUACGACCAGCAGCAAUCGACUCGCGCACGACGCGAGUGUCACUGCUGUGAUCGACGACGCGCUCGACCGGAUCCGCCACGGAGAGCUCGUCAUCGUCAUGGACAACGAAGACCGGGAAAAUGAAGGCGACCUCAUCGGCGCCGCUGCGUUCGCGACCGAAGAGCGCGUCGCGUUCAUGUUGCGCCACUCGACGGGCAUUGUGUGCGUCCCGGCGCUCUCGGAGCGUCUCGACGCGCUGCAGCUGCCACUCAUGGUGACCGACAACACGGAGGUGCACAAGUGCAAGUUCACUGUGACUGUGGACGCGAAAGAGGGCAACUCCACGGGCGUCUCGGCUGCGGAUCGGGCCCGGACGAUCCGUGCGCUGGCCGAUCCCGCCGUGACAUCGUCCGCGUUCACUCGCCCUGGGCACAUUUUCCCGUUGCUGGCCCAACACGGAGGUGUGAUGGUGCGUGCGGGGCACACGGAAGCUGCAACGGACCUCACGCGCCUGGCGGGAGUCGCGCCCGUUGGUUACAUUUGUGAGAUGAACGACGCGAGCGGACGAAUGCUGCGCCGUCCGCAGCUGGAAGAGUUCUCCAAGCAGUUUGCAGUGCCGCUGAUCACAAUCUCGGACCUCAUUCGCUAUCGCUCUUGCACCGAGACGCUGGUGCAGCGGAUGGAGACGACCGAGGCGAGCGUUGCGACUCCGGCUGGACGCUUUGCCAGUGUCGAGUACAAGUCACUUGUGCAGGAUGGCGGCAUGUACCAUGCGCUAGUGUACGGUGACGUACACGAUCAGACCGACGUGCCGGUGUUCCUGGUGGACGAUGGAUUUGUGGCCAGCUUACAUGCGCAGUGGGCGCAGCAGCACAUCGUCCGUCAUGGCUACGGCAUGCUCAUCUACAUGCACGGCUCGGCACAGAUGUUGCAGAUCAGCGGCGAGCUUAUGGCUCGUCAGAGCAUCUUUGGCAUGGCAAUGCAGAUCGUGCGUGAUCUGAACGCGCGCUCAGUUCGGUUACUAGUGACGACAGAGACGAGCUUCGACCCGCACGGGUUUGGCGUCGAGGUGACGGGGAGUGAGCAGCUCGCCACGUGCUCGUAG